UUGCUUCAUUCUGGUCUCUGUUUAUAACUACCUGAAAACUACUAUAACAUUCUUCAUGAAAAUCAUUUACCAAAUUUUCCAUUAGGAGCAUGCAAUCUUAUCUAUGAUUUUUUGCUGCCUCUAUUCUAGUACAAUAUUUAAAUGAUCAUGCUGAUCCUAUAAUUUUCAGGGAUGGUCAAGAGAGCUUUAGCCGGAAAAUCUGGUAAAUAUGGCAGGACUGACUUGAAGAAAGACCCUGUGAAGAAGAAAGCAGCAGGGAAAACAAGAAAGUCCAGCAAACAGACUAUUCCACAAAGUGGUAAGAAGGCACUUGUUCCUAAAGAAGUUUUGGAAGCACUAAAAGAAAAUAGAAAAGAAAAGCAAGAUAAACGAAAAGAGGCGCUUGAAGAGAAAAAGAAGAACCCGAAGAAGAGGAAAUCAUCCGAACCCAAAGAGCCAAAAGAACCUCUGAAGAAGAAAGCUCUGAAAAAGGUUAGAAAAGCUUGUGAAGACAAUGAAUAUGAAAACCUUACCAAGAUAAAAGCACUGUGGGAAAAAGGCAGAGUAAAUGACAUUGCUGAUUCCAAACGAGCAGAGAUUGUUGCAGAGCUUAAGGAGUUAAUGGAAGGAAAAGUAGAGUCCCUCAUGUUCAAGCAUGAUCUUGCGCGAGUAGUCCAACUUCUCUUAAGACUUGGAAAAUCCGAAGACAAUAAUUUCAUCGUCCAAGAGCUACUUCCCCAUGUGUGUGAGCUAUCUAAAGCAAAAUAUGGUAAAUUUACUGUAAACUGCAUGCUGAAAAACACUUCUCCUAAACAAAGAAAACUAAUCUUCAAGGCAUUGAAAGGACAAUUCAAGAAACUUACACUUCACGCAGAGGCUGUAACUGUAAUUGAUACCAUGUACAACGACUAUGCUACCAGCAAAGAAAGAACAGAAAUGAUCACAGAAUUCUACGGAAAAGAGCUAUAUCUUUACAGAGAUCUUUUGUCAGAGCACUUUACCAAGGUUAUAGAACUGUAUCCUGAUAAGAAAGAAAAGGUUUUAGAAGAACUUUUAAACCACACCCAGGUGUUCAUAGAAAAGGGACUCACAGGUCACAUAAUUGUACAGCAUCUCAUGUUACAGUAUUUCCUUCAUGGCACCGAAGAAACCAUUCAAGAGUUAGUGUCCGAAAAGCUUAUUGAACAGAUUGUUAAGUUUGUUCACACUAAAGAAGGCUCCAAGAUAGCAAUGAGGUGUUUGUGGUACAGCAAAGCUAAGGAAAGAAAACUGAUCAUCAGAACCUUCAAGGGUCAUGUCAAGGACAUGUGCAUGAACGAAAACGGUUAUCUUGUUUUGUGUGCCUUAUUUGAUUGUGUUGAUGAUACAGUUUUACUCAAAAAAGCAAUCUUAUCAGAGAUUAUGGAAAGCAUUGACACCAUCACCAUGUCACAUUGUGGAAGAUUAUUGCUAAACUAUAUCCUGGCACCAAGAUCAACUAAACUUUUCCCUCCCAGUAUAAUUGACUUUCUGAAGAUUGGAGAUACAAACAGUGUGUCCAAGAAAGACCCCGAAGCGAGAAGAAAAGAGCUUUUAACCUAUGCUUCCCCCGGAAUCAUAGACAACUUCAAAGAUAAUGUUGAGAGUAUGUUGAUGGAAAACACAAGGACCUUACUCCUUACAUCUGCAGUUACUCAUGCCAAUUGUGACAUAACCGACCUUUUAACAGCAAUUGUUGAUCUGUUAGCCAGUGAUCUAUCACUUGUUGACACAACAACCAUGCACAUCCUCAUGAGAAGUGUCCAGCAGAACAAAGACCAUCAGAAGCAGUUCAAUGACAUAGUUACCAGCAAGAUCCCCCUGGAUGACAUCACUAAUUGGGCCAAGACAAAUCGAGGUGCUUUCUCUGUCCUCAGAUUGAUCGAGCAGAAAACUACGGACAAACACGAUGAACUGGUCAGUAGUUUGAAGCAGAGUGAUGUUACUAGUUUCGAGCAGUGUGCUGGUAGAGAUAAGUUGCUGGAAUUUUUAAACACUUGUUGAGGUGAAAGAGUGUAACGUGAUGGUUUUUAAACACAUUUUAUCUGCGGUUUUUUGGGGAUCUUUCUUAAUUUAUUACUAUCAGUAAUUUAUUGCUGUAGGUUUAAAGUUCCAAAUUUUAUUUACAAUUGUCCGUCCAUUCUAACUUACCAGUUUUACCCUUUUUAAGCAAAACUUUGACAUCUUCAAAA